AAAUAAGACGUGAAUCGGGGCCGCGCCUGCCUCGAGGCCUGACGGGAUUGUGGCGGUCCUGUCUUCGGAGUCGGAAGCCACGGCUGCCUCUGGACGCGCUCAAGAUGGCGACGUCGCUGGGUUCCAACACCUACAACAGGCAGAACUGGGAGGAUGCGGACUUCCCUAUUCUGUGCCAGACGUGUCUGGGAGAAAAUCCGUAUAUCCGAAUGACCAAAGAAAAGUAUGGGAAGGAAUGCAAAAUCUGUGCCAGGCCCUUCACGGUGUUUCGCUGGUGCCCUGGGGUCCGCAUGCGUUUCAAGAAGACUGAGGUGUGCCAGACCUGCAGUAAACUGAAGAAUGUCUGUCAGACUUGCCUCCUAGACCUCGAGUACGGCCUGCCCAUCCAGGUUCGUGAUGCAGGACUGUCUUUUAAAGAUGACAUGCCAAAGUCUGAUGUCAACAAAGAAUACUACACGCAGAAUAUGGAGAGAGAAAUUUCUAACUCUGAUGGGACACGGCCUGUUGGCAUGCUGGGGAAGGCCACCUCCACCAGUGACAUGCUGCUCAAGCUGGCCCGGACCACCCCUUAUUACAAAAGAAAUCGGCCACACAUCUGUUCCUUCUGGGUGAAAGGAGAAUGUAAAAGAGGAGAGGAAUGUCCCUACAGGCAUGAGAAACCUACAGAUCCAGAUGAUCCCCUUGCUGAUCAGAAUAUUAAAGACCGAUAUUACGGAAUCAAUGAUCCUGUAGCAGAUAAGCUCCUCAAGCGGGCUUCAACCAUGCCCCGCCUGGAUCCCCCGGAGGACAAGACCAUCACCACCCUCUAUGUGGGUGGUCUAGGUGACACCAUUACCGAGACAGAUCUAAGAAAUCACUUCUACCAGUUUGGAGAGAUCCGGACCAUCACUGUUGUGCAGAGACAGCAGUGUGCCUUCAUCCAGUUUGCUACGCGGCAAGCUGCAGAAGUGGCUGCAGAAAAGUCCUUUAAUAAACUGAUUGUCAAUGGCCGCAGACUCAAUGUCAAGUGGGGAAGAUCGCAAGCAGCAAGAGGAAAAGAAAAGGAGAAAGAUGGAACCACAGAGUCUGGCAUCAAGCUGGAACCUGUACCAGGACUGCCCGGAGCUCUUCCUCCUCCUCCUGCAGCAGAAGAGGAAGCCUCUGCCAAUUACUUCAACCUGCCCCCAAGUGGUCCUCCAGCUGUGGUAAACAUUGCGCUGCCACCACCCCCUGGCAUCGCCCCACCACCACCCCCAGGUUUUGGACCACACAUGUUCCACCCAAUGGGACCGCCGCCUCCUUUCAUGAGGGCCCCAGGACCAAUCCACUAUCCUUCCCAGGACCCCCAGAGGAUGGGCGCUCAUGCCGGCAAACACAGCAGCCCCUAGCACAUUCUCAACACUGUGGAAAGGGCGCUUACAAAUCCCAGUAAAUGAAUCUUGAAAUAAAUAUAUUUCCCUUUCUUAAAUAGUUUCCAUGGUAGCUGAAUGCGUUCAGAUGUGGGCAACUGGAAAAUGGCAGCCAUGCUUUCCUACGCAUAUUCAGAGGCUCAGUGGACUUGAAAUACUGAAAUAAGCUGCCAUGAACACAUCUGGUUACCAUUAUAACAUUACUAAUACAACCUAAUGUCUGCUGCCCUGGCCUGCACAGGGGACAAGCACAUAGGUAAAUUGGAAUGUUUGACAGAGUUACUACUCUAAUAAUAGGUUUGUUUUGUAUUUCAGGGGUGGGGGAGGGGUUGGACCGGUAGUGAGAAAACCUUUUGACCAUUUUUAUGUCCUUUGGAUAUUUUCCUUUUCAUCAUCUAUAAAGAAAGAUGACCAGUACUAAUCACCGUAGUGUCGUGAGUGUGACUGAACUCUGAAGUUGCACCCUCAGAAAGUCGAGAGGAAGCCAUUGCCCAGCACAGCACAGAGCCUUUGUUUCGUCUCCUUUGGAAACUUCAUUUAUUGCUAAAGGAAUUUGAUGGAUAAUUUUACUUAUCUAUGCGAGUGAAAA